GUAUUUGCCUGCCUGAUGUUGGGGGGGCCGAGGUUUGAAGGUCACCCUGGUCCUGCAGUUUCCGCAUGUGUAAGUAUAUUCAAAGCAACAUCAAAACACUUGUCUCACGUUCAUCAGGAUAAACACCCGUGAGCAGGCAGUCUGAUAGGAGUCUGGUAAACAUUGGUGGGCCAUGUGGGGCAGCCAGGCCUGCAUUGUCAGGCUCUCCUUAAUCGCAUCCUUGACCCUUGUCGCUUGUCUGCCCUCCCCCCUCAGAGGUACACACCAUGCUGGAUGCCCUCCUGCCUCCCGACACUUACUUCCGCUUCAACCCAUUCAUGACUGAGGACGUGCCGCUAGACGAGAGCCGCCAGGAGAAGCUGGACUGGCUGCAGAACGAGGGCCUGCGCUACCUGGAACGCAACGAGGACAAGCUGAGGAAGGCGGCCAGCAUCCUGACGCAGGAGAAGAGCGCCAUCCAGAGGCUGGCCGAGUGGGUGAAGCUGAAGGGGGACAUGUAUGAUGGGCUGCCCUUCUUCUCUAAGCUGUAGGCAGGCAGCGGGGACCCGCCGGGGCCGGAGGGUGGUCCUUGGGGGGCCGGGUGGGUCCCUAUGUGGCUUUGGCCCCCAGCUUGGAUGAUGGGCUCUAGUUCGCUGCAUUCGGGGCCAUGCUUCCAGAAGUUUGAAGGCUCUGGAUACUUUGAGGACCACUUGAAUGGCACUUAGUAUAGAACCCACGGCACUUUGUCGUUUUUUACGGUCUGAUAUUUCCAUAUAAACUACUUGCUAUUUAUUUGAAA